AUGACCCAAAAUAAUACACCAAGAGAUGAUGAAACAUUAUUUACUCCAGUUGCAAGAACAGUAAUUAAUACUGUAGAUUCAACUAUUGAUGUUAAAAAUUUUGUUUGUAAAGCUACUGAUUUUUCAAUUAAAAAAGUAUCAACAUUUGCAGUUGACAAUAUCAAUUCACCAAAAUCUCAAAUGACUCAACAAAGAAUUUCCGAUACUUUUAAUAAGAAUCCAAUUUUAAGUAUUGCAUUCUCAACUGUAUUACCAAUUGUUUUAUUUUCAGGUUCAAAAACUUUUAGAGCCAUUCCACUCUCACUCAUUGGUUUAGGUUUAUCACUCAAACACUUUUAUCCAGAAAAUAUUUCAGACUAUACUAAAAUUUCAAUUGAUCACUACAAUAGAUUAAGAGAAAGAUUAAGCGAAGAAAACAACAAUAAUUAA